UAAGUCGCAUGCAUCAUCCAUAUUAGUUUUUAUGGUGAACAAAGACAUAAAGCGAGGUUUUCUUUGCUGAUUAGAACUAAGCAAGGAAUAUUUAUAUAAUUCAAACAAUGUGUAUUCCACGUUGAAAUUUGGCAUGUUUUGGACUGAGAACCAAUCAAAGAAUCUCCUCCUCUGCUGGAUUUCUUCUCUGAAAAUACAAAAUCUAUCCAUACCAUCAAAUAUAAAGUUCGACGCAGUAUCGUGGGAUUGUUUCGAUGAUGUACUGUUGUAUGCGAUUUUUUAUUGGAUUUUGGCACGUUUUACUUCAAGGGCCAUCAGAUAGGGGAUUCGUUUAACUUGAGCCAAUAGUACUUCAACCGGAAAAAAAGUAUUAAGCACAUUUGUUCGAAGAUGCCAGACGAUGCCCAAUUCAGGGCAGACUUAUAUUUUUGGAUUUGUCUCUGAAGUAGUUUUCAUUUGAUAUAUGAUAUUGCUGGUUCAGGGUCUUUACGUUAAACACCGGAAAAACAAAACCGAAGAGAAUUAAUGGCGAAAUAUCUUCUUUCUUCUUCGCAUUUACGACUACCCACAUCAUUUCUUGAACCUUCAAGAAAUUCUCAAGGCCUCUUGAAUCUGCCGUCAAAUUGUCCGUCCAGGUAUUUGGGCCUGAAGAAAGGUGGUCACAGUAGAGUUAUUUGUGCUUGCUCUGUUCCUUCUGCAAGAAGUCGGUACCAAGAUUCACCAGCACUAAUUAUCGAUCAUCAGGAAGCAACACAAUUAGAAGAGCCGACAGUAAGCAAAACAAUUGAUGAUGAAUCCAAAGUUCUCAUUGAGUGCAGAAAUCUUCACAAGUCAUUUGGUGAGAAGCAUAUUCUAAGAGGAGUAAGCUUUAAGAUUAGAUAUGGAGAAGCUGUUGGUAUAAUUGGACCAUCUGGUACUGGAAAGUCUACUAUACUUAAAAUCAUGGCUGGCCUUCUUGCUCCAGAUAAGGGUGACGUCUAUAUUUGUGGGAAAAAGCGAGAUGGUUUAAUCAGCGAUGAGGAAAUGUCAGGUUUACGGAUUGGCUUGGUAUUUCAAAGUGCAGCUCUCUUCGAUUCCCUCACAGUUCGUGAAAAUGUUGGCUUUAUGUUAUACGAACAUUCUAAUAUUCCACAUGAAAGAAUAGCAGCGCUUGUUACUGAUUCCCUAGAAGCUGUGGGUUUGAAGGGAGUUGAGGAUCGUGUACCUUCAGAGUUGUCUGGAGGUAUGAAGAAAAGAGUGGCAUUAGCACGGGCCAUUAUAUCUGAUGAUUCACGUGAUGCAAUUGAGCCUGAAGUUGUCAUGUAUGAUGAACCGACUGCUGGUCUUGAUCCAAUUGCGUCCACUGUUGUUGAGGAUCUUAUCCGCUCUGUCCACAUUAAAGGAUGUGAUGCAGUGGGGAAACCUGGGAAGAUUGCUUCAUAUAUUGUUGUAACCCAUCAACAUAGCACAAUAAGGCGGGCAGUUGACAGGUUGCUCUUCCUUCAUGAAGGUCGGAUAGUCUGGCAAGGUAUGACACAGGAGUUUGAAACAUCAACUAAUCCUAUCGUUCAACAGUUUGCUGUAGGAAGCUUGGAUGGACCUAUUCAGUACUGAUAAUUUUUUUAUGAGGCUAUAAAUAGCAAAUUGUACCAGCUUUGCAGAAAUUGUAGUGCAGAGAGAGUGUCUUUACACGUUUUGCAUGUAAUCUGUACCUUAUACCAACAAGCUCUACAUUUAGAGAAGAUGGCUGUUAUAAUUUCCAAUCUUCCACAUUGUUUUCUUAUUCUGUACUGAGUGCUUGGUUAUUUGAGGCAAUCAUCCAGUUUGAUUUCUUUGUAUCAGCUUCCUAAAAGAGAAUAAAAUGCAAUGGGUCCUCCACGUGGAUUCCUACUUUUCAGAUAGAUUUUUGUGUGGUGUUGGGCUUAAUUUAAAUUCAAUCUGGACUUAGGACCAAGCAACAUUGGAGAAUAUUAUGUUUUCUGUCCUACAGAGAAGCAAUACAUUUGCUCUUAUUAUUAAACAUUAAAUACUAACAAUAUCAGUCACAUUGUCACUCGUAUAUAGUGCACAAUACGAGUUUCCUGCGAUGAAUCAGACUGCAAUCUUUUGUUUUAAAUAUGAUUCUGAUUCCCAUUUCAUUCCUA